CAGCAGCAGCAGCAGCAGCAACUGCUGGUGCAGCGGCAGGAGCCCGGAGUCACCGGAGAGCGACAAGGGGCCUCUGAGCACCUCACGUUUUGCCUGCUAAGGGCCCACAAAGAUCAGGGACUUCUUGAAGAAACAAUUAUUGGCAGUGCUGCUUUGGGUGUGCCGGGGGCCCCCGGGGGCCCCCUGGCAGAAGCUGCCCUUAGUUUGCUGCUUCACGAGGGGCCCCCCGAGGACCUGCUGCCAGCGUCGAGGGCCCCUGGGGGGGCCCCCUGCGAGGCCUCUUCGGCUGAGGGCCCCCAGGGGGCCCCCCAGCGGGCCCCCUGGGGGCCCCCGGGGGGCCAAGUCCUCGGGAGGCUGCUGCUUGCUGUAGAGCUAAUCCCUGAAAGGGGGCCCCCGGGGGGGCCCCCCUCCUGGGCUGCUGCUGUGGCUGAGCUGCCCCAAGGAGUUUUCUUGUGCCGCUGGGGGCCCCCCAACGAGACUGGGGGGCCCCCCAACACGGCUGGGGGGCCCCCCAACACGGCUGGGGGCCCCCCGGGGGCCCAAGAAGGAGAAUGGGUGACCUGGGAGGCCCUUUGUGCGGCUCUAAGGGACAAGGGGCCCCCCGGGGCCCUGACUGUUGUUAAGAAAGCUGUCAGGGGGCCCCCCGGGGCCCUUGUGCUGGCGAGGCCCCUUUUGACUCUUGGGGCCCUUUACAGAUUGGCGGAGAAGCUGCGGCCCUUCCUUCCUGCCCUUCUUUUGGGAAUGUGGCAGCAGCAGCAGCAGCAGCAGGGAGGAGGCCCGCAGCAGCAGCAGCAGCAGCAGCAAAAUCGUGAGCAGUUCGGGUUUGGGCUGCUGCAGUGGAGCGAAUUUCAGUCCCUGCUGCUUCGAGUGAUGGACUCGGGAGCUGCCUCAGCCCCAAGCUCUGAGGAACCUCCAACAGCUGUAUUCAGCAGCAGCAGCAGCAGCAGCAGCAGCAACAGCAGUUUGACGGCGGAGGAGUGGCUGCUGCUGCACGGCUGCCUGGCCUUCAGGCACCUGUGGAAGACAGCAGCAGGCACAGCAGAGCUUUUCGAUCUGUGGGCUGCUGCGCGAUGCAUGCAUGCAUGUCUUCUUUUGGGGCCCCCCGAGGGGGCCCCCUGCCGCGCAGCAGCAGCACCCGCAGCAGCAACAGCAGCAGCAGCAGCGACGCCGCAGGGGACGAGCAGCCAAUUGUCUCCUGCACUAAAAGAGCUUCUAGACGUAAUUGGGGGCCCCCCAGAUGCAGGGUGUAAUACUGUCUAUCCCGCAGCAGCAGCAGCAGCAGCAGCAGCAGCGGAUAGGGUCCGUUGGGCCCCUGCUGCUGAGGGCCCAGGCCACCUCCUUGCUGCAGGGGGGCCCCCCAGCUCAGACCACUUCAAAAUAAAACUAAUUGUGGAGGGGGCCCGAGGCCUCCGCCGCUGGGGGGGCCUUUUGCCUUCAACUUUUGUAACAGCAGCAAUUUCUUUUGCACCUUCUGUGGCUGCCUGCCUCGCAGCUUUGCCCUGCUGCACCCAGGGGGCCCCCCAGGGGGCCCCCCUGGGGGCCCCCCCGGGGGCCCCGCACGAGCCCUUCCAGGGGGCCCCCUGGGGGGGCCCCCAGGCAUUUGUUCAGGGGGGUUCCCAGGCAUUUGUUCAGGGGGGCCGCCUGGGGUCUCCCCAGGAAGCCUUUCAGGGGGCUUCCCAGGGGAAGAAGCAGGGGCACCUAGGGGCCCCAGGGGGCCCCCCGGGGGGGCCCCUUGAGUCUCUGCUUUAUGCAGAACAAGACUCAAGUCCUGUAGUGUUUCGCAGCAGAAGUCCUUCUUGGGGCUGGUCUACAUUGCUGCGGGGGCCCCCCUUGGCUCAGAUCUGCAGCGCUGUUGCUGCUGCUGCAGCAGCAAUUGAGGGGGCCCCCGGGGCCCCAGCAGCGAGCAUGCCCGGCGCGGCCCUUCUCUGUGCUGCUGCUGCCAGUCUCAGGGAGGCCCUGGGGUCUGAGGCGCAGGGGGCCACCCCAUGCUUCCGGGACCCAGCAGCAGCAGCAGCAGCAGCAGGUGCUGCUGCUGCUGCUGCAGCUACUGCUGCUGCACUGGCCCCAGUUUUGGCAGUCCGCCUGACUGUGUGGCUGCUGGAUGUUCGACCCGAGGGGCCCCAAGGGGCCCUUCCGCCGCUUCCGGGGGCCCUCAGUUUUCCUGUUUUGCUGCAGCAGCUUCCCCGCUGCAUGCAGUGGAUGGGGGGCCCCCCCCAGCAGUCAGCUGGGGGCCCCCCCGUGCGCUCUUUGCCGCGGGGCUGGUACCCUUUGGGCCACGCACUAGUUCCCCUUGGGGGGCCCCCCUCGGGCCCUGGGGGGGCCCCCUUCUACCUCCGGCCCUACGCACUGCAGGCGGAGGGCUUAGAAGCUUGCCCUAGAGGUGGUGGUGGUGGUGGUGGUGCUGCUGCUGCUGCUGAGGUGGCAGCAGAAGCCCCCUGCGGUGUCUGCACAGCGGGUGCCUUCAUAGAGUUGGCCGACUCAUGUGGGGCCCCCGGGGCCCCACAUGAGGCCCCUGGGGCCCCAAAGGGGGCCCCGGGGGCCCCAUAUGAGGCUUCUGGGGGCCCCCAAAGCUAA